AUUUCCAAAGACGGCGACUUUUGUGAUAUCUUAACUACGACUUCCUUUUUUUCCCCUGAAAAAAAAAAAAAAAAACAGAAUAGGAAUCGCCGCUUCUCUUCAAUUGAGCGAGUUUUUCCGGCGAAAAGAAAAAAAACAAAAACAAAAAAGGUUUUGCUUUGGAAAAUAUAUUGGUAAUUUGCCUUGGUCGGAGAAAAUGGUAAAGGUAAUCGAUUCCCAUUACCUGGCAAUCACCGCCAUUGUCACCGUGGGUUAUCAAUUCACAUUCUUCGUAAUCACAGCUCUUUUCAAAUUUGAUAAAGUUACGGACUUUGCCGGAAGUACCAAUUUCGUGAUACUUGCUGUAUUGACUCUGGUUCUCAAAGGGACAUGGCAUUUUCGUCAGAUAGUCUUGACUUCGCUAGUAGUCGUAUGGGGACUUCGUCUGGGAAUGUUCCUCCUAAUGAGGAUCUUGAACUGGGGUGAAGAUCGACGCUUUGAUGAAAUGCGUGGAAAUAUGGGGAAACUAGUAGUCUUUUGGACUUUUCAGGCCGUGUGGGUUUGGACAGUUAGUUUACCUGUUACAUUUGUCAAUGCAAGCAACGGUGGAAGAUUGUUUCAGCCCGCAGAUGUUAUAGGUUGGACAAUGUGGGUUGCAGGGUUCUUGAUUGAAGCUACAGCUGAUCAACAAAAGCUUUCAUUUAAGAACUGUCAAGAAAAUAAAGGAAAAUGGUGCGAUGUUGGAGUGUGGAAGUAUUCACGCCAUCCAAACUACUUUGGUGAGAUGUUACUCUGGUGGGGCGUAUAUGUGGCUUCAUUGCCUGUUCUAAAAGGUGCAGAGUACCUUGUCAUAUUUGGACCAGUGUUUCUCACUUUGCUGCUUUUCUUCGUUAGCGGCAUACCAUUACUCGAGGCAUCGGCAGACCAAAAAUACGGUAACUUGGGAGCUUAUAGACACUAUAAGAAGACAACCAGUCCCCUGAUUCUGCUGCCGCGAGGAGUGUAUGGGUACUUACCAAAAUGGUGCAAAACAGUCUUUUUCUUUGAGUUUCCUUUGUACAGCCGGAAUCUCCCUCAAGAAACUACAGUCUGGGAUAGAGUAAAGUCAAAGAAGAAGAACCGGAAAAGUAUUGACUGAUAGAGAAUGUGUGUGCGUGAAAGAGAUGGUUACAGUUUUUGGCGAACCCCAUCUCCUGAGUUCUUUCAUGUUCAAACUCUCUUCUUGUAUAGAUUCUCAUUGUCUUUGAAGAAUUGUGAAAAGUGAUUGAUACUUUGAUUGAGUAUACACUAAGAUUCAAAUCAAGCUUCAAAAUAAUGUU